AUGUAUAGCUGUAUAGCUAGUAUUUUAUUAAAAUGUAUAACUGCUAAGCUUAAAGAAAAAGCUGAACAUAUUAUCAAUUAUCGAAAUAUAGAUUCGUGGGGAAAUAUAAGAAAAUAUCUGUUAGAAGCAGUAGAGACAAAAUUUGCAUUGUCCAUUUUACAAUUACAAUUAAAUCACGUAAAAAUGUGUUCAGGUGAAGACGUAAAUUUUUAUUCAUUUUGAGAAGAUGGUAUAUAUUAUGAACUUUGUAAUUUUAACACGAUAGGCAAAGACAAAGAUGAAACAAAAUUAAUUAGGGAACAAUUUUUAGAACAAUUAUCAGCAGCAUACAUGAAAGGUUUGAUAGGAUUAAUAAAAUCCGUAGUUAAAGCACAAAACCCCGAAACGUUAGAACAGACCAAGCUAAAGACUAAAGCCGAAGAACUAGAACGCCAAGAAGAUAUAGAAGAACAACAUUAUUUUAAUCAACCCAGAGAAAGCCCACAAGUUUCUGCAGCCAUCAUUCACGAUGUGCAAACCAGGUGUAUUCUAAUUUCACAGAGUAUAACAAGGUAAUUAUAACUACCUUGGAGUUACAAUGGCUAGAGUAUAGAUAACCGGUAACGUGCAUACCACAAUUAAAAAUUAUCUGAUUGCCCAACGGCCUAUUUGAUACACACGGACAUAUAUAAAGAACUAUGCACGCCUAUACCAUUAGUACAAAAUUAUUUCUCCACAUAUUGUCCUCACGGGGCUUUCUUUAUGCACUCGUUCUAUCUAGUGUUCAACUGAAUUACUUAAUUUUUACUAGUAUUUCACCUAUAAAAAUACCUAUAAUGCAUCUAUGCUAAUAGACAUUAAAUCAAGAGAUUUUUGAUUGAGAUUAUAAACCUCUUGACUUAUGUGGCCAUAUUUGUAGCCUUCACAUAAAUUGUACAGAUCUUUAUUGGGGGAAUAAAGAGCAAGAUUUCUCCUAUGAAAUUCUUUAAAGAAAUCAAUUUUAUUAACAACAAUUUUAUCAUUGUUAUGUAAUGUGGCUACAUAAGCAUUAAACGAAGAUAAUUUUGUGUCAUAAAAUGAUUCUAAAUAAAAUGUAUUCAAACUUGAUCGUCAGUAAUGUAAAGGUAGUGCAGGUAAAUCAUUAAAAAAAUGAGUCAAUUCUUUAUUUAGAAUAAUUUUUCUACCAACAUUUUUAUUUUUUUUUUCUUAAUCAGGAGUAAAAAUUUAAAAUUCAGUUCCUUACUGACCAUUCUUUAAGAUUGAGUGCUUGCAGAAACGAUAUUUUGCAAACUUGUAAGGCCUAAUUAUUUAUUUAUAAAAAAUAUUUUAUAGUACCAGAACGCCGAGAAUUAUUGGUACCAGUUUUGUUUACUGUAAUAGGUUAUGAAUAGUUUGAAGAUGACACAUAAUUUCUCCUUUCACUCUGUCAUACUGUUCUAAAAAAUUGAAAAAAGUAAAUUUGUUGUCUUGAAUAAAAAAACAUUUUCUUGUAUUUAAAUUUUUUUUACAAAAAGUAGAAUCACAUCAUUUACUUAAUUGUCUUGGGGAUUUACUUUUAGAAAACGAACAUUUCCCCUUUUUAUUAGUUUCAGACCUUAUACUUUCGACCUUGCAUUCUUAAUACUUUAUUUUUGUGUUUUAAUCAUUAAUAUUCAUCAUCUUUUUCAUAUUUCAAUUUCAUUUUUGCUUUUAUCACAUUUGUUAAACCAUUAUCACCAAUUUCCAUUUCUAUAAUUUAAAUCAUUAUCAUAACUAUACAUAAAUAAUAGGAAAGAUUUGUAUGUUAUAAUGAGUCAACCCAAAAACUACUGAACGAUUUCAAAAAUUAUUUCACCAUUAAAAUGCUACCCUGAGUAACAUAGGUAAUAUUUAUUACUAGAAAAAAUAAGUAUCCUUACAAAAAUUGCAAGAAUUAGGUUUUUAGAUAUUUUUGGUAAGUGUUUAUUUGUUUUUUUUUUUUUUGUUUAUUCGUGGGUUACCUUGGUGAUAAGGAUGGUAAUUUGGUUGUCAUGGACAAGAAAAAUAUUAUUAUUAUUAUUUACACUAUAGGAUGGGCUACCUUGGUAACAUGGAUGAAGAAAAAAACACAAAACUUUGCGCUGUACUGGGCGGGUAAGUGAAAAAUGAAAAUACAUAAAACGUCUUUGAAUCAUUUUUUUUUUUUUUUUUUUGGUACACUUAUAACACUAGAGUAUAUUAUUAUGUGUGUGUCCUCAUAAUUUUAGCGUUAUUUUAGUAAAUAUAAUUUAAUUUAAUAACGUGUAAUAAUGUGCUGUGCGAGUAUCUAUGGUAAGGUUAAGAUUACCCAACCUAUUUCUUUUCGUACAGAAAAUUGGCAACAUUUGGUGUAAACACUAGGAGUAGGGCAGGUAGUAGAUUAUAAAAUCAAUACAGAGCAUCGAGAUUAGUGGGGAAUGGUAGUUACGAGUUCUAGUCCAGUAGUAGGGGUAAGAGGGUAUAAGCGUUACCAUAGCAACCAUUAGUCGUCAUGCGCACUGCGCAGACCUGUGUUUAACUUCUGUUUAGGAACGGAAUGUGUGUGCGCGUAUAAUGUGGCCCAGUUAGCAAAUUCUUAUUUAAGGAACAAGGAUACAUUUCGGCACCAAACAUUACUACUCACCGACGUUUCGAAUGAAAAAAACUCCGAAAUUCUCACUGGCUUGAUUUAGUUUUAUCUAAAACUGUUGGCGAAGUUAAUAAAUAAAAAAAACAACUCUUGCUUCGUGGAUACUGUCACCGGGAAGGUAAGCUAGAGCCAGAACGCAAUGAUCGGAUAAAUAACGCCAUAAGACUUUUGUUUUUAAUUUUAGUGAUUUUUGUUCGUACUCGUCACGUCAUCUAGUAUGACAGUAGUAUAUAUAGUAUAUACAGGAAAUUAGACAUAAUGAUUGUGCAAAUAUUCUUCUUAUUGAUCAUCAUCGUUAUGCUCGUAUAUAUGUUAUUACAAGUAUUAAGGUAUGCAAUGUAUAUGAGAAAAAUUAUUUAACACCUUGUUAACAAUUGUUACUCGGUAUUUUAUUUUUAUUUGACAUCGAAUAAAUAACCUAAAUUUUUGUUUAUGAUUUUAGAAAUUUGUUAAGAUAGGAACUCGUCACAAUUUCAAAUUGAAACUGUACAAAAUUAUUCUGCACCUAAUUAUCGGCGUAUAAUUCCUACAAUUUGAUCGUCACAGUGCUUGAAUUAUUAAUAAGGUACGUAGUGUAUAUUCAAAUUUUAAUUAUACUCCAUGACAACUAUUGCUGCUCAAUAUGUUAUUGUUAUAACUUAUUUUAUAUUUUAAUAAUGAAGACCAAAGAUUUAGAGGAAACCAUUUAACUUUAGAAUUUAAAAUAAUACAAUAAAAACACUUUACUUUUAAAAAAUGUCUUAUGUGUGUAUAUACAUAAUCUUUCAGUUAAAUAUAUUAUAAUGGAACAUAAUGUCUAUCAAAAUACAUUUUAGAUUCUGAGUGAGGCAAAGAAUGUAUUAGUUUUACUAAGAUGCUUAUUUGUUUUUUUCUAUUUUUUUUUAUACUGUGUACACAAAUUCUACCAGAAAUCUUGCUCAGAUAUAAACGCGUGCCAACAUUUCUGAAAAGGAAUGUUGUUCAGACCAGAUGGUAUUUUUGGGAGGUAAUUUUUUGAUUUUCCAAGUGGUUUUCUGUGAAAAAUCAUCAAACAAAUCAUUUGUGAAAAAUUAGAAUAAAACGUAAGAAAAACCGAAAAUUUACAAAUUUUUGUAAAAAAAUAUUGCUUUUAUUAUUUUUAAUUUUGUUAUAUGUUAUAAUUCAGUUUAAAAUAUUCGAGACUUGAAAUGUGAACAGAAAACUCAUGUUCGCUUUUUCUAGAAAUAGUAAAAUUUUCGAAACAUUUUUCCCAUUUUUAAGCUAUUUAUAAACAUUUUAAUUUUGCGAGUUUUGUAUGUAAUUUUUAUUCAGUAGGUCAUCAAAAUAUAUUAAUAUAUCUGUUAUGUCUUUAAAGUCCUUCAUCAUCAAGUUAUCGCCAUCACAAAAUAUGCAGCAUGACCACUUUAACAUCUUUUUUUUUUAAACAAUUUUUAAAAAAUAAAAAUAAAAUAUAUAAUUAAAAUAAUUAUACAAAUAAAAAAUUCAUAAGUUUAAUUUUAAAAUUACAAUUAUAAAAUAUUUAAUACAUUUUUCGAAAUACAUAAUUAUCAUAUCUUAUUGGUUUUUUAAUAAAUAUAAAUUUUUUUGAAAUAAGACUGUUAGUAGCAAAUUGUAAUUUUAGAUUCUGAGUGGAGUGAAGACAAGACGCUAAUGGUUGUACCAAGAUGUUUAUUUUUCUUUUUCUAUGGACAACUUUUUUACCAGUAGACUUGCUCCAAAUUUUAUUUGCAGCACGUUCUCUGAAAGAAAACCUGUGUGGGGAUGUACUUAAAGAAAGUAGUUUUUCAAUUAUCUCAAAGGUUUACUCAUCAAAUGCGAAAAACCAAAUAAAGGGGAAAUUAUAUGAAUUAUAGUUAAACUUAAUAUAAAUUUUUUGAGCUCUCUGUAAUACUAUGCAUAUAAUUUCAUCAUGUUCCUCUUUAGAACUAGUACACACUAACCGGUCAUCAAAAUAUAUUAAUACACCUGUUAUAUCUCUAAUGUACCACAUCAUUAAUUUUUGAAAAAUUUAAGAUGCCGUUAACAAACCAAAUGGUAGACGUUUAAAACUGUAAGCUUUAUAGGGACUACUAAAAUUACAUAAUUUUACAGAUUCUAAAUAUUAUUCAAAAUGGUAAAAACCAUCUUUUAAAUCGAAUAAACUAUUUGGACAUAACGAUUGAGCAAAUAAUCUUCAUAUUGAUAAUUUCCAUCUUGUUAAUAAAGUUGUUAUUACUCUCAAUAAGGUAAGCUAUGUAUAUUAGAAAAAAAUCAUUUAAUACCAUGUUAACUAUUGUUGCUCGGUAUUCUAUUUUUAUUUGACAUUGAAUAAAUAACCUGACUUUUUGUUUAUGAUUUUAGGGGUUUGUUCUGAUAGAAACUCACAACAAUUCCAAAAUGGAUUGGUACAAAGUGCUUCUAUACAUAGUCAAUGCCAUAUUAUUCUUCAUGUCAGUCAUCGAAAUGGUUUCAGUAUUCGUAAGGUAUGUAGUGUAUAUUUAAAUUUGAUUUAAACUCCAUAACAACUAUUGCUGCUCAGUAUGUUAUUGUUAUAACUUAUUUUAUAUUUUAAGAAGGAAGACCAGAGACUUAGAGGAAACCAUUUAACUUUAGAAUUUAAAAUAAUACAAUAAAAACACUUUACUUUUAAAAAAUGUCUCAUGUGUGUCUAACAUGAUCUUUCAAUGAAAUGUAUUAACUCUACUAUUAAAGAAAAUAACUAUAUGUUAUUUUUUUAGAAAACUUUCAAAAAUACGAAAACACAAACAAGAAACGUGUGACUUCUGCACUUGCUGGUAUAUAUUCGUACAAAUCGUACAAUUGAAUUUCGACAACAUAUUGUAUAAUAUAAUAAGGAUAUAAUUACUUGUUUUGUUGUUUUAAAACAUACAUCAUUUACGUAAUAAUAAUAUUUAAUCCCACAAAAACGGAUUUAUACCAAUUAACAAGUCUUUGCCUUCUACGCUAUCUGCGUCACGAACAUUUCUAAGACAAAAGAUACCAUACAUUUUUUAUUAAAUAUAUUUGAUAAUUCAACCAGCGCUUUGGGGAUGAUUAAAUAACUUUUGUUCAUUGGCAACAUAGCCAGGCCAUGGCAGUCCUGCGAUCUUUUGUUUUUUAUCAUUAAUAAAAUAUACUGUAUACUGUAUAUCUGUAUACAUUGUUCAAUGUAGAUACAUCUGAACAUAUUAAUAAUAUUGUUACAUAAAUAAUUGUUAUUUUGACAUCUUGUUGAAUAGUAAAAUAGCUAGGUAGGUAUGUAAAAUGUUUGUAAAUUCGUAUUUUUACGAUCAGAAUAGGUAUGAAUUUGAGCAUUUAACAUCUAAUAGUUAACAAAAUUGUACAAAACACUAUGCACUUCAUAAUCAAAGUAUAAUAAUUAAAUUUUAAUUAAUUUUAUUUAUUUACUUCAAGUUCUGAGUAACUUCAGAAAGAGUAACGUCGUAACAAUUAAUCAAUAAAUACGUAUAAUAUAAUACUAAUUCAUAAUUUUUUUUGAGGGGAUGGCCUGGGGGGUUUAACACCUCCCCCCCCGUUAGUACGUCACUGUUUACGUGUAAGUCUGGGAUUAGGUCUUCCGGAAACGACCAGGAUAUUAUGCUGUACAUCUAUUUUUAGACAAUUAUAAAAUAUAAGCAAGAUUUAUUGAUGUGACAUUUAGUGGUUAGGUAGUAGGGAGCAGCCAUCAUUACCUAUAUUUAUAAGGCUGUCGUUUUUUAUUAUUUUUUUUACAUGAUAUUGUAUCAUUUUAUAUAUUUUAUUUUUGUCUAUCUUUGGUGUACCUACUCGUAUUUUCCUGUGCUCCUGGCGUUUUAUUACUCAUAAUUUUUUUUGUGUCUAGAAUCGGUUUUUAUGGUGAUAUUGAUUUAGCACCUCUUCGCCGACGUCGCGAUCUCCGUGAAAAUCAAGACUAG